UUCUCUUAUACAAAGCCAUAAACCCUUAAAAAAAAUUAAAACAAACAAAAACCCUAAAAUAUGGCGUCAGUAGGAGGCAGGAGACGAAUCGGCAGCGGCCGCGACGAAGGAACAGUGGCUAGAUGGACGCGCACCGUGUCGGAUUCAUCGAUAGUCAAGACAGCCAAACAAGCGGCGGGCGACGCAGCCAACGUGGCGAAGAAGCUGGCCAAAAGCACCGGAAAAGCGGCGUGGAUCGUCGGAACUACAUUCCUGAUCCUGGUUGUUCCGCUCAUCAUCGAGAUGGAUAAGGAGCAGCAGCUUAAUGAGAUCGAUUUGCAACAGCAGAGCCUUCUCGGAGCCCCGCCCGCCGGUACUAUUCAGAAGUAAGUGAGAUCUUAAUCUUUUUAAUUUUCUCUUGUCGAGUCGGGUCAGGACAAAAUGUUUAAGUGGUAGUAUUUUUAGUUUGAACUAUGGAAAUUAAAGAUUAGUAGUUAAUUGACAAUGAUGUUAUUUUGGUGAUAUAUGAGUAUAUGUGGUUAUUCAAAUUUUUAA